AUGAUGACGAGUAUCGCAUCAUCCACCUUUUCAAACACAUCAACAAAACAAUAUUUAACUAUCAUGGAACAAAUUAUUAUGUUGAAUGAUAAAAAAGUACUAGUGUAUGGUCCUAUAAACAUUCAAGAAGAUGUCAAGUCAUCGUGUCAAUAUCUUAUGAGAUCAUCUUUAGCACUACAAAUUGAUCCUACAACAAAAAAGAUUGAUUUCAUUUGCGAACUUGAACGUAUCGAUAAAAAAGAAGAAUAUUUUAAACAAACAAUAGGCGAAUGGAUGCCAUUAUAUGGACGAAUCAUUGACGAAAAUGAAUUAACAAUAGAAGUCAAAAAAAGUAUAGAGUUGUUUGAUAAUACCGAAGAUUUACAACUGAAGCAAUCAUUAGGAAUAAUUUUCCAAAAUGAACCUUAUCUAUUCUAA